AUGCAGGACGAGAUGACGGGCCCAUCGGCGGAGGUCCCUGGCGAGCCCAGAGUGCAUGACGCGGACUACAUGGCCAACACCAUGGCAGACGGGACUAAGCCUCACGGGGGCAGUGGCCGCAGCCACGCUGUGAGCCGCAUGUGCAGGGACGAAGUGGAUCCCUUCGACGACAUAUCCGAGUAUGAGGAGAACGGCGGCCGCGGAGAAGCCGACGCGUACGAGGAGCUGGCACGCUACGAGCAGGACAUGGAAAUGGAGUUCCUGGCUGCGUACGGCGACUCGAACGAUGAGAGGGGCAGCCCCAUGAAUGAGCAGGAGACACUAUAUGCGAGCGAGAAGGCCCGUGAAAGUGAUGGACCGAACUCACUGGCAGGGACAUGCAGCGGGGCCAAAUCGCUAAAGGACCGCACGGUGGAGGCAACGCCCAAGAUCGAUUCCGCGGUUAUGAACGGUGCAUGGAAAGCAGCAUCAUUCAUUCACACCAGAGAUGAAGCAGACGAACCACCACCCUUCAUUGCAGCGAGCGCGGCCUACAAGUCGGACCCAGAAGGCGCAAAAGCCCUGGCCAGAACCUGCGACAGAACCAUGAGUGCAUUGGAGUCGUUCUACUGCAUGUGCUACAAGAUCGAUUUAGAGGACCGCGAAUAUUACAAAAGGAGAAGGAGAAGCUACAUCUUUCGAGACGGUCAACUUACGCGAGAAGGGGGAAGGACGGACACGAUAUGCAAGUAUGAGAGCGGACUGGUGAAGCAGAACGGAGGCAAUCCUAAACAAGAUGAUCAACCACAGACAAAAGGCACAGCGGAAAGGCAUGUCGACGCGCUCGUGAAGGCAGCGAGGCGUCUGGUACUUGAUGGAAUUCCAGGAGCUGGCAACGCGACGCCGGCGGCGGAGCUACAUCGGUCAAUAUGGGCACAGCGCAUGGGGGAUCUGAAAAGCGUCGACACGGAGAUUUUGGAGGGAAUGGCGUGGCAGGCGGAGAACGAGAGGCAAGCAGCAGCACAGCGGGAUCUACGCGAAGGAGCUCGCACAUAUGCUAAAUGGCUGGCUAUGGCGGAGAAAGAGCCAGGCAUACUGUACAAGAUAACGAGGCCUCCUGCACGGCGCGAGGAAGAAAUAGCGACAACAAGCGGAGUAAUAUGCUGCCCCACGGAGAUCGUGGACCUCAAAGCGGAGGCGUUCAAGGCCACCUGGACAGACCCUGGCAACCCACGCGAGAGGCGCUGA